UCACGUGCUGGAGGCAGCUCAGUCCAAAAGAAAAUGGGGUUUGGUGUAAAUCUGGGGGGGUAAUGUUAUCAUAUAUCACGCUACCUCGUAAAACCGACACUGAAGCCUGCCGGACAACAAAUCACAGGUCAAAAUUAUGAGCUCUUCGUAUUAUGUGAAUGCGCUUUUUAGCAAAUAUACGGCGGGGGCUUCUCUUUUCCAAAAUGCAGAGCCUACUUCUUGCUCCUUUGCAAGCAACUCCCAGAGAAGCGGCUAUGGACCAGGCGCGGGUGCCUUCGCCUCCUCCAUGCCCGGCUUGUACAAUGUGAACAGUACCAUAUAUCAAAGCCCGUUCUCUUCCGGAUACAGCCUGGGCUCUGAUGCCUACAACCUGCAUUGUUCCUCUUUUGAUCAGAACAUUCCCGUCCUCUGCAAUGACCUAACCAAACCCAGCUGUGAGAAAGCGGAGGAAAGCAACCUGCACAACCAGGCUGAGGCUAAUUUCCGGAUAUACCCCUGGAUGAGGUCUUCAGGUCCAGAUAGGAAGCGAGGGCGCCAGACCUACACCCGCUACCAGACCCUGGAGCUGGAGAAGGAAUUCCACUUCAAUCGCUAUCUGACUCGGCGGCGGAGGAUAGAGAUCGCCCAUGCCCUCUGCCUGACAGAGAGGCAGAUCAAAAUCUGGUUCCAGAACCGGAGGAUGAAGUGGAAGAAGGAGCAUAAGGAAGAGAGCUCCAGCACUCCGGCUCCCAACGAGCCCACGUCAGCAGCACCGUCUGUUGAGAAAGUGGAAGAAGACGAAGAAGAGGAAGACUAGGGAGUCCCACUCGAGGAAGCAAUCUCUUACUAUAAUGUAUGCACGUGACAGUUAUAAAAGCUCCCUUUAAAGAAAAAAAAAAAAAAAAGAGAGAGACACUCACUGUUUUUAUUUAAAAAUAAUAAAUCAGUUCCCUUUAAUAAUCAUCUUGCAAGCAAGCGUUUGCAAACAUUAAAGCGUUUCUUGGGUUGGCUUUCCAGCCCUCUCUCCACUCUCCCGUCCUCCCCAAACCUACCCUGUGCCGAACUCUUCGGUAGUAUCUCCUAAGCGCAUCUUACAAUCAUUUUAUUUUUCGUUCACCCAAGUUUGGGUGGGUUUGUCCAGGGGACAUUUCAGUGGGAGAACUGCUGCUUGCACAUAAAGUAAACGUGACCUUCCGAAGUAACUACCUGACUCAACAGUCCCAAUCAUAUUCUAAGGGGAAAAGUGCAUUAGGCUCACAUUAAGAAAAACUACCUAAUUUUGAAUAAGUAGCUCUGCACUUCUUUUUUUUUUCUUCUUCUUUUUUUUUUUUUUUAAUUUUAUUAUUGUUAGAAAAAUAUCAUAACUAACAGCUACACUAACAAAAUGUUAAACAGCAAGCGAGGGAAUAAAAGAUGUUCCACAAACCACUACAGUCUACAGCAAUGAUUUGUACUACCUAUUUUCCAGACUACCUAUAUAUCUUGCUCCGCCUACCUAUCUUCGAAAGUAUACUGUAUUUUAGUAGUCAAAAGAAGAUAACGUACUAAUGUGAAUCGCAAAAUGCUUUUAGAAACGUAAGUGUAAUUGUUCGAAAAGCACGCAUCAAUAGCUUUGGUAUAGAAUUUGGUACCGAAAAGGCUGAAUAUAUUUAAAUUUAAAAUAAUAUAUUUAUUCCAAAGCAAUUAUAAAUGAAAACCAUAUGCUGCAAUAUAUCUUUGUUCUCGAAUCUUUACUAUUCCGAGUGAGGAAGCAAACACAUGCCAAUAUUGUACAAAGCGGUUUAUUAUCUUCCGUUGGCUUCUACCUUAGGCUGCCUCAGCUAAAGGCCGUUUUCGUAUUCUAGGCUGAUCUUACUUAAUAUAGCUGAAAGUGUUCUUUGAAAAGUGAAUUUAAAUGACCAUGUAACCACCUUUAAAAAAAAACAAAAACAAAAACUGUUUGUCCUGAUUAUCCGAAUGUGUUAAUAUGUAAUACCGUGAAUUUUCCUACAAUAGCAGAUACUGUAUAUUUGAACAAUUUUUUUUGUCAUUUAUAUUUGUCUUGGAGCUCAUUUGUAAGAUCAUGUCAUAAAUUGGGAAGUAUGUAAUUAAUUGGGAAAGUUUGUAGCAUGAUGUAUCGUUAAGAACUCUGUAUAAAUCCGUCUCGAAGGUUGGCUAAAGUUUAUUCAAAAAAUUGUAUGUUACAAUGUGUUUCGAUGUGUUCGUUGUGAACAUUUGGAUAUGCCGUGUAAGUAUUGGAAGUGGAAAAAAAAUGUCUGUGAACUCUCUUUGGAAGUGAUACCGUGUUCAAGUAUCUCCCACGAUAAAUGUGUUUUAUGUUACACAGAAAAUAAAUAUGCUUGUUGACAA